UAUAAAUUAUGGGUUAACGGUAAUAUUUUUAUAAAAUAUAAUACGAAUCGUUCUGCUAAUUUGAUACGGAAACCCCUUCUGAAGCAUAUAACACUGUAGGAAAUAUAUAAUUGGGCUCUCAACAUUUCUCGGAUAUAUGAGUAUCCAACUCUAGUAUAAAAUACACAUUAUAUAAACCAUUAAACUCAUACAUACAAUGCAUGAUACAUACAUACAUACGUACAUACUUACAUACACGCAGACGCACACAAAAAAGGAAUUGUUUUUGUAGAUGCUAAGAAAUGUUUCUGUAGCAAGAUUUUUAAGAACUACUUGGAAUAUUACUUACCUAUACUUGGAUCAGGAUGGAAGCUUGGGUUUUGAUUUUUUUUAUCUCGUCUCUUUUCUCUAUACUCGCGAACCAUUCUUGUCAAGUGCCACCCGACCGUAGUAACGAAUCCUUAAGCCCCAUCAUCUUACUGCCAGCCCCGUCCGGGAUCUCGUACGAAUCGCUUCACUACCCAGUGCCCAUGGAUCAGCAGUAUCAGGUAAUACCACUAGUGAUAAACAUGGGGAAAAUACCCUUGAUAAAUCACGCAGUCCAAACGCCCAUACAAUACUUCGCACCCCCCAACAACAAUAACCAGCGGGCACAGAUUUACGACUCUGCACAAUAUUCGACGGAUCGAGACGAACGUCUGCAACUACGACGUAACCCGGACACAUCGAUAUUAUAUUCGAAUGACGAGCAAAUCGAAAAUCAACCGACGUACCGCGGUUAUGGUAAUGAUAAUAAUCAUCCGCCAGCCGCAACUGCUACAGUUUACUCGGAAACGCGAGUCGAUGGUGUGCCCUCGUCGCGGCGGUACAGUUACGGAUACAAAAUAAUCGACGGCCGCGUUGGCGGAUCAAAUGACCGACAUGAUGCACCGACGAUUGUCGGCGGUGACCGACCGACAAGCCGUAACAGAUUAUCGGGUCCAGAAGAUGGAGAUUUCGAGAGCACGAUCGGCCCGGGUGCCGGAUUACGAACGGCGGCCAACGGACGAAAACCCGACGAAUCCGACGACCGGCGGGAAGAUGGACCGGACAAUAUUCCCAGAGCUUUAAGACCGAUAGUUGUUAAGACAGAGUCGAAUACGACAAAAACCGAAUUGAAAAAAUAUUACAAGAAGGUGACAAAUCCGGAGACACCGGUCAAAGAGGCAAAAAAAAUGGAAAAUUUACAACAUUAAUCCCGCACAACAGUGAAACUGACGGCUGUAUAAAAUAAAGGUGGUGGAACAAUGGCGACCAUACAAACGAAAAUAAUAAUAUUUUAAUAUAACAUAAGUACGAUUAAUGUAAUAAUAUUACGAUUUUGUUAUUAGUGUUAUUUGUAAAAAUCAGAUUGUGUAAAUAUUUCAAAAUAAAUAUUAUCGAAAAAACGCAUUAUAUCAUUAAGUAUAAUAUAUUAUAUUAUAAUUCGAGUAUAUACUCAAUGAUAAUAUACAUGUCAAACUUUUAAAUGUAAUAAUAUAUAUUCGUGUAUUAGCUAAAAUUGUUUUAUAUUUAAAUAUAUUGUUAUGCAUUUUUGUAAUUCAAUGAGAAAAUAAAUAAAUGUUAUAUACUA